AUGGCCACGCAGACGCUCCCCCCGCCAAUGCCACACCCCAUCCGCCCGCCGUCGUACAAGGAGCUCGCUCGCUGCCGACAUCGACGGCCCCUUCGCGCGCCCCGUUCCAGCCCGCGCCCAAACCGACAAGGGGCGUCGUGUUGCCGGCACUCAAAGUCGUGCGUUGCCCAACGCGGCCAUUGCGGAGAGAAAACGGCCCUGGUGCGGUGCACGACCGCUUUCUCUGCUGCACCGCCGCCCGACAAGGAGUGGACCUCGCCCUCUGCAUAUUCUGCCAUCCUCCGCGUCGAGCGUGACGUCUCGCCCUUCGCCAGUCAUCCCGCAGCAGCAACUGCCGCUCCCGCAGUACGAGCCGCUCAACAGCGAACCCCUUCGCUUCAGCCACGCCACGCGCCCCGGCUUCGGGCCGCCAGGCCGCACGAAGAAGCAGGCGCUCUCGUGCUUCUUUUGUCGCGAGCGCAAGAUCGCGUGUGGGCGGCCGGAGGACGGGAGUGUGGAUGGUCGGUGCAAUCAGUGCGCCAGACGCAAGAUUGCGUGUACAUACCCCACUGUUUCUCACCGGGGCCAGCAUUCGCGCCUGAAGAGCGCCGCGCGGGGCAGACACCGCAGCCAUAAAGGCGCCGGCCCGGAGGCCGAGUCGAUGUCGGUCUCGUCGUCACCCGAGCGCACCGUGGGCGCGAGCCCGCUGUCGGCCUCUUCACGCGAGUCAUAUGCCGGUGUGCCUAUGCUGCCCCUCCACGCGCAGAGCCGCUACGGCCACGGGAUGUCGUUAGGGUGCAGGAUUUAA